UUUUGUAACUCGAGCCAACUGCCAUCUGAAGGGCAACUGGCCUCCUGGGUCUCGCAAAUUGGCCGCCUCCUCAAUCGUUUUAAAGUGUAUUUACCACGUCGAAAUGCUCGUCUGCACACCGAGCUUUUGGCCAGCUCAAACCUACUUGCCCAGACAGCUAAUCGCCUUGUCGGUGGUGGUGCUCUCUGUGUCGAUUCCACUGAACAUUUUGGCACCAGCGAAAUUGAUUCAGAAGGUCUAUUGCACUCUGACACAACAGUUGAAAAGCGUCAAUCGGAUAUGCUAGUUUCAACAUCCAUAACUCAGAACAGCCUCAAUUUACUGGUUGUCUCAUCGGCAUUGUCUAAUCUUUUCGAGACUGCUCUCGAGUAUGCAUUGCAUUUUACGCGACUAUACACCUUGAGUGAUUCCGAAAGUCGGGUAUGA